AAAGAAACCAUAGAGAAACAGCACGAAGACGAAACUAGAAACGAAUUGACCCAUACAAAAAGCUACUACUUCAGUUGAGCCAACACCCACUAAUCGUUCUUCCGCGUUGUUUGUUCUUUUCUGAUUCACUCUCACUUUAUAAAACCCCUUCAAAUCUCACUCUUAAUUCUUCCUUUUUUUCUUCCCUUUUACCCUCACUCUUCAAUUCCCUUUCUUUACUUUACUUUUCCAUUAAAAAAAAACGCUUAGACUGAGAUGAGAGUGACACUCACAACAAGAACAAGAAGAAAAAAAACCAAACAAAUACAUUAAUUCAAUUUCAAACGUUGUAGCAGAUGAUGUAGUUGUUGUUUUUCAAUUCAACGCUACAAAACAAAAAUAAAAACCGUUUCUUUUUCAUCUUAUGGCAUGCCCCAGAUGGAACAACAACAACAAUAACUACAAAUUCUGCUUCCAAUUUCAACAAAGCGUUUCUUUUUAUUCUCUUUUGGACCACCCCAUCAAUAACCCAUUUCCUAACUUUCAUGAUCAUCAUGAUUUUCCGCUUCUUUGACUCUUUCUUUCUUCUCUUCUUGCUCUUCUUCAUGAGAUUUGCUUCGCUGCAAGCAUUUACCGGAACCUAUGGUAUAAAUUAUGGGAGACUUGCAGAUAACAUUCCCUCACCUGAUGAAGUUGUUACUCUUCUCAGAGCUGCAAAGAUAAGGAAUGUUAGAAUCUAUGAUGCUGAUCACAGUGUUCUUAAGGCUUUUAGCGGAACUGGUCUUGAAAUUGUAAUUGGAGUUACUAAUGGACAACUCCAAGACAUGAGUUCGAAUGCGGAUCAUGCUUUGAACUGGGUGAAAGAUAAUGUGCAGGCAUUUCUUCCCGAGACACGCAUUCGUGGAAUUGCUAUUGGAAACGAAGUUUUGGGUGGGUCUAACACUGCUUUGUAUGGAGUUCUUUUGGAUGCUGCGAAAAAUAUUUAUAAUGCUACCAAGAAACUUCAUAUAGAUAAGCUAAUUCAGAUUACUACCUCAAACUCAUAUGCCGUUUUUCAAGAUUCCUACCCUCCCUCCUCUUGUAAAUUUAACGUUAAUUUUAUACAGUAUAUGAAGCCGCUAUUAGAGUUCUUCCAACAAAUUGGCUCUCCUUUCUGUUUGAAUGCUUACCCUUCCCUAACUUAUAUGGGUAAUCCAAAGGAUAUUGAUAUAAAUUAUGCUCUUUUUCAACCAAACAAAGGAAUUGAUGAUCCGAAGUUUAAACUGCAUUACGACAACCUGCUCGACGCUCAGAUUGAUGCAGCUUAUGCUGCUUUGGAGGAUGCUGGAUUUCACAAGAUGGAAAUCAUAAUUACCGAGACAGGUUGGGCCUCUGCAGGAGAUCAAAAUGAAACUGGAGCAAAUGUUACUAAUGCCAGGACUUAUAAUUAUAACCUUCGUAAGAGGCUUGCGAAGAAAAAAGGAACCCCGCAUAGGCCUAAAAAUGUUCUGAAGGCAUACAUUUUUGCAAUUUUCAACGAGAAUUCGAAAGAUGGUCCUACCUCUGAGAGAAAUUAUGGACUAUUCAAGGCUGAUGGGAGCAUAUCAUACAAUAUUGGAUUUCAUGGACUUAAUGCUGGAGGUUCAUCUCAUUUGUCUAUUAAGGAUAUAAAUACUCAUGGUUUGUCGCGGUCGUACACCAUCACCUUAAUACUGUGCCUAUCAGCUCUUAUACUGAUGAUUUUCUAGAGUUAGUUUCCUUAGCAAUGAAGGGGGUUUGCCUUGGCUUUACUUGCUCUCAGUGUAGACCAAAAUUAUGCCAUUGAUUGCUAUAUUUCAUAAAGCAAAAUCUGGAAAUUUUGAUGUAUUUUUCCCAUAUUUAGAAAAAUCCGUAAUUAUAAUUAUUUAUCCUCAUAAAGCAUUUCCCCUUCUUUACUUCUAUAAGAUAUAGAACUUUUUUCAGUUUUAAAUAGAUUCUAUAUUUUCAAACA